CGAUGGGCAACAUUGAAAUAUUCAGCGCAAACGUGCCCUCGAUGUAUUUGCAUUUGAAAAAUUCAGGUCAAAUUUGAAUUCACUUGCUUCUAUAAGGAAAAGAAUAAAAAAACUUGCUCCACUUGUAGACGACUUGAAACGGGAUUUUAAAACCGCCAAGCCAGUGCCUCUCGUAGCGCUGGUGAACGCUGACAUCCCUUUGACGGCCGUCGUCCAAAAUUGUUGAAUCAAGAGUUUCCUCCUGCAGAAAGUUCCAGCUGGGGUAAAACCAAGUUUAAUUUAUUUUAUUUUUUAAUUUUUUUGAAAUCUUAGGGACUUCAGCAUUAAGAGGUCGAAUCGUCGCAAGAGAAAGGGAACCACAACUAUCUUCGUGGAGUUCGAGAGGAAAGAAGACGGGGAGCGAUUUUUGAAGCAUUGCGGUACCAAUCAGGAUUGCCCUGUGGAAUGGCAGCGAGGAAUGUCCACCGGCCUGCUCGACCCCAUGAUACCGAUGGACACCAUCUUCGUCAAGCACGUGAGAGAGAACGGACCCGUCGUCAAGGCUGGUUUUUCCACUGGUGACCAGGUGGUGAUUGUCAAUGGCGAGUCGGUCAUGUGCAAAUCCUACGCCCAGCCGCACAGCAUCCAGAAACUGCGUUCGCUCUUUGGCGACACCAAAGUCUCGCUGACUUCCAAAUCGCAGCAGCACGGAGGAGGAGGAGAUUCCAGCGGAGCUCAUCCGCCCAGUCCGUCGGAAGCCGAAGGACGCGAAGGAUGGCUCUACGUCAAGCAGACCAUCAUCGACUGCCGGCGAUCCACCGACCGAUCCUGGAGGCAAAUGUGGACCCGCAUUCGAUCUGGCACGGUCCAUUUCACGCGGGAUCGCAACACGGCCAUGGCCAGCAACGGCAACAACAGCUACAGCAGCUACAACAGCAACAGCGGCUCGACGCCAGGAGCCGGAACCGACGACAUGAUGAUCGACUUGCGCGGAUGCACCGUUGAGGUGGCCGUCUACUACACCAAACGUAAGAACGUCCUCCGGCUGUCGACGUUCAACGGCCUCUGCGAGUACCUGAUGCAGUGCGAGGACAGCAGCGACUAGGCCUCUGGCUGGACUCGUUCCAGCAGGAGUAGGCCGCCGCCAACAGCAGCGACAAGGAGGACGGACCGGGGUCCAGCUACAGCAGCAGCGAGAUGAUGCUGGUAUUUCUACUGUUUUCUAACAAAAUGUCAAAUGUGGCAAAAGAAUACUCAGACAUUGGAUGGUGGAAGAUUUCAUAGUCCGCAUGAGUUCUUGUUCUAUUACGACGUCAGAUGACAAUCCAGCCAGUAUCGAUCUGAUAUUCGAAAAACAUGAAAUCCACUUUGAAUAUUUCAUGCACUGAUGGAUUUCAAUUCCUUAAGUCUAACAUGUCUUGAAGGUAGACGUGGAUAGAUUUUAGGUAAUUGAUGUUAUGCGUUGCAUGAAUCCUUGCCAUCCAGGUCUGGGUUGUUUAAACAAAAGUGAUGAAAACCAGAGCAAAUCAAAAAGUUUACUAGCAUCCUCUGCAUUGACAGGUAGAUUUACUGUAAGUUAUUGAAGAUAAAAUUGUGUGA